GUAAAACUGGUAAACAAGUUCAUAAUAAAUUACAAAAUCUUGUAACCAAGUAUAUGACUGAGAGCUUAAAUAAGACUGAUAAGGGUGUGUCAACUUGGCCCUUUUACACUGAAAUGAAUGAUAUAUUGGGAAAUCGUGAAAAUAUUAAUCUUAAUUAUUUAAUUAAUAGCACGGGUCAG